UUACAUCUCGGUCUUCCCCAAAACAAAACAAAACCCUAACCCCUAUUUUCGACCAACGCGAGAGGCGGAACCCGACGCUUUGCAGAUUUCUGAUUGAAUUUGGGCUAUGGCGAAUGUUACUACUGAUGAUUCCAGGGAAAUCGAGAAGCUCUACGAGUAUGGGGAGAGACUCAACGAGGCCAAGGAUAAGUCCCAGAAUCAGACGGAUUACGAAGGAAUUAUUGCUGCAGCGAAUGGCAGCGUAAAAGCGAAGCAGUUGGCGGCGCAGAUGAUUCCCAAGUUUUUUAAAUGCUUCCCCCAGCUGGCUGAACAAGCUCUGGAUCAGCAUUUAUAUUUGUGCGAAGAUGAGGAGCUUGGGGUGCGUGUGCAAGCUAUUCGUGGGCUUCCUCUUUUCUGUAAAGAUACCCCGGAACAUCUGGCAAAAAUUGUUGACAUCCUUGGCCAACUCCUUAUUGCCGGAGAUAAUGUGGAGCGUGAUGCAGUUCAUAAAGCCCUCAUGUCUUUAUUGCGUCAGGAUGUCAAGACAUCCUUAACUGCUCUAUUUAAGAACAUCGGAAGCACAGAUGAUCGAAAUGCAGAGGAUCUCAGCGCUUGGGAGACCAUCCGUGAAAAAGUUCUCUGCUUUAUCAGAGAUAAGGUGUUUCCCAAUAAAGCAGAGCUGUUGAAGCCAAAGGAUGAAAUGGAGAGGCAUAUUACUAAUUUAGUGAAGCAGAAUUUGCAAGAUGUAACUGCUGCGGAGUUUAAACUAUUCAUGGAUUUCUUGAAAAGCUUGAGCUUAUUUGGACCAAAUGCUCCUGUGGAGCGUGUUCAAGAACUUGUUGAGAUUAUAGAAGGCCAGGCUGAUCUGGAUGCACAGUUUAAUGUUUCAGAUGGUGAUCACAUUGACCGAUAUAUAUCGUGCCUGCAAAUGGCCAUUCCAUUUUUCAUGAGAGGUGCAUCGUGUAGCAAGUUCUUCAAUUAUUUGAGCAAGCAAAUAAUCCCUGUUUUUGACAAGCUUCCUGAAGAAAGAAAAAUAGACUUGCUCAAGAGCCUUGCUGAAUGCUCGGUAUUUGCUAAACCACCGGAUUCAAGAUUGCUUCUGCCAUCAGUUGUUCAACUUUUGAAGAAAUACAUGGUUCGAAGAAAGAUUGAAGAGAUGAAUUUCACAUGCAUUGAGUGCUUGCUGUAUGCAUUUCACCAUUUAGCUCACAAGACUCCAAAUGCCACAAAUAGUCUUUGUGGCUACAAGAUUGUCACUGGCCAGCCUUCAGACAGGCUAGGGGAAGAUUUUUCAGAGCAAUAUAAAGAUUUUACAGAGAGAUUGAGCACGAUUGAAGAAUUAGCCAAGUCAAUGAACAAGAAAUUAACACAGGGUAUGGCAGAGCACAAUAAAACAAUGGCAGCCGCAAAGUCAGAAGAGGAGAAAGAAGUUAUUAAAAAACAGAAACAGAAUGCUACGGCUGGUCUUCGAACAUGCAACAAUAUACUUGCCUUGACCCAGCCUUUGCAUUCAAAAACCCCUUCAUUCUUCAGCGGGGACCAGAAAAUUAACUUGUCCUGGAAAGAAGUACCUAAAGCCGCCACAACUUCAACUGCUCUUGUGGCAGCCGGUAAAAAACGACCUGCUGCUGCUCCUAAUGGAUCCGGCAUGAAUGCAUCAAAGAAGGGCCGAGGAGGUAGCAGUGGAGGCGGCGUACAAAACCAACUUCUUAACAAAGCUUUUGAAGGUAUAUACGAUGUAAGAACAAGGGGAAGAGGUCGUGGCUGGAGAGGAGGACGCGGCAGAGGAAGGAAUUUUCGUUGAAUAUGCUUCACUUUGUGUUGUACUCUCUAUCAUCAUCAACUAUUUGAUUGAGGUUAUUUGUAGACAGACAAGACAGUAUGAUAGUGUCGUCGUCCGCUGAUUUCAACUGAUCUGAUCCACCAUCUUAAUACAUACACUUACAUCCAUGAUUUGGUUUGUUA